AUGGACUGGAGCGCCGUGUACGACAACAGCGGCGAAGAGCGCGGCAACUGGUCGGACCACGGCGAGACGCGCUCCUCGCGCAACGCGCACCGCCUCCUGCAGCGGCCGCCGCCGGACGCCCCCAGCGCGCGCUACUCGCCGUUCGUGGCCUACGCCUUCACCGUCAACUACAUCCUCGGGGUCGGCUCGCUGGGCGUUCCCUACGCCUUCCGCCGCGCCGGUCUCGUGCUCGGCAACCUCACGAUUGCGCUCGUCACGCUCGUGUCCUACGUGACGGUCACGUGGGUCUGCGAGACGGUCUCUCGCGCGCAGGAGGCGCCGGUGCGGCGGUCCCCCGCGGACGAAACGGAACCCCUCACGUCCGCGUGUGCGCUGUCGGCCUCGACGUCGUCAACAACGUCGCGCUCUGGACGAGCGCGCGAGACGACUACUCCGUUUCCGGAAGUGACGCAGCUCUGUGACCGGUUCUUGGGCCCAGUGGGGUCGACGAUGUACCAGAUUGCGCUACUGGGCCUCAUGUACGGAGGGCUCGUGGGCUACAGUCAGGUGUUUGUCAGCACGUUCUUGACGCAAGUGGACCACAUUGGACAGUGGCAGCUCACGAGUGGCCACGCGGUCAUUGUGUUUGCCUGCAUUGUGCUGCCGCUGUCCUGCACGGACCUGACGGAGCAGAUUUACGUCCAGCUGAUCAUGUCGGUCGUACGCUUUGCCGCGCUGCUGAUCAUGAUUGGCAGUGCUACGUAUGCAAUCUUUGCAGACCCGUACGACGGUGGAGCGCUGCAUAGCGACGCGGCGUCCGCACUGCCACCGUAUGUCAGUGCCUACUCGCUGGUGGAUCUGAGUGGCUUUGGUGUCAUGUUCAGCACAGGCGUGUUUUCGCAAAUCUUCCAGCAUUCCGUGCCGGGACUAUUGGCUCCGCUUGGUACGAAGCAUCAGAAAAAGGCAAGCGCCAUUUUCGGCAGUACGUUACUGACUACCAUGGUGUUCUACAUUGCACUGGGGUCGGUCUGCUCGCUGUAUUUCGGUCCAAAGCUGGCAACGAGUGUGAAUCUGAACUGGGCAGAGUUCACAUGGGGAGUGAACGAGUCCGUGAUGCUUGUACCGUUCUGGCUCGAGCUUUUGUCCAUGGUUGUCGUGGUAUUUCCCGCUCUUGAUACGUUGAGUGUAUUUCCUCUCAUUUCCGUGACGCUCGGUGACAAUAUGGCUGCUGUGAUACCGAAGAGGUGGACUCGAUAUGGAAAGAAAUCGUCUUGGAAGCUUUGUUGUCGAUUCGGCGCGGCUUUGCCACCACUGUUGGUCUCAACGGUCGUGUCCGACUUGUCGAUCACGCUUCAAAUAAGUGGCCUCUUGGGUAUCUACGUGGCUUUCUUCGCGCCCGCGUUGUUGCAGUUGUACGCGUGUCGCGAAGUUGCCCACAGCAACGUCUACAGCAGUGCUUUCAGUGGAACAGCCUACGUCGUUGGCGUGUUGGUGUUUGGCAUACUGGCACUGCUCGUUCUGCUCUAUCAGCUAGUGCUUCAGAUUGGUUAA